GAACGUUUCGACACGGUCCGCCCGAAGGACUCCGAGGUCUUCAGAGGAGAUGGUGCAUUCACGGAUAAGACGGUCAGCCAUCAUGAUUACGGAGUUAUCAAAGGAGAGCGCUUCGACACGGUCCGCCCGAAGGACUCCGAGGUCUUCAGAGGAGAUGGUGCAUUCACGGAUAAGACAAUGAACCAGCAAGAUUUUACGAUUGUUAAGGGAGAGCGAUUCGACACGGUUCGGCCGAAGGACUCAGAGCUCCUAAGACGAGAUGGUUCAUUCACUGAUAAGACGGUCAGCCAUCAUGAUUACGGAGUUAUCAAAGGAGAGCGCUUCGACACGGUCCGCCCGAAGGACUCCGAGGUCUUCAGAGGAGAUGGUUCAUUCACGGAUAAGACCAUGAACCAGCAAGAUUUUACGAUUGUUAAGGGAGAGCGAUUCGACACGGUUCGGCCGAAGGACUCAGAGAUCCUCAGAGGAGAUGGUUCAUUCACUGAUGAGACUGUAAACCAACAUGAUUACGGAGUUAUCAAAGGAGAGCGCUUCGACACGGUCCGCCCGAAGGACUCCGAGGUCUUCAGAGGAGAUGGUUCAUUCACGGAUAAGACCAUGAACCAGCAAGAUUUUACGAUUGUUAAGGGAGAGCGAUUCGACACGGUUCGGCCGAAGGACUCAGAGAUCCUCAGAGGAGAUGGUUUCAUGGUCACUGAUAAACGUCAACGCAGCAGAGUUACGAGUUAUCAACAGGAGAGCGCUUGCGACCGGUCCGCACCGAAGGACUCAGAGGAGGGAGCAGGAGAACGAUCGACACGGUCCGCCCGAAGGACUCCGAGGUCUAUGGGCAAGGAGGAGAAUGGUUCGUUCAACCGGGAUAAGACGGUCAGCCAUCAUGAUUACGGAGUUAUUAAAGGAGAGCGCUUCGACACGGUCCGCCCGAAGGACUCCGAAGUCUUCAGAGGAGAUGGUUCAUUCACGGAUAAGACCAUGAACCAGCAAGAUUUUACGAUUGUUAAGGGAGAACGAUUCGACACGGUUCGGCCGAAGGACUCAGAGAUCCUCAGAGUGUCGCAGGGAAUGGUCUUCAGAGGAGAUGGUUCAUUCACGGAUAAGACCAUGAACCAGCAAGAUUUUACGAUUGUUAAGGGAGAGCGAUUCGACACGACGGUCAGCCAUCAUGAUUACGGAGUUACUAAAGGAGAGCGCUUCGACACGGUCCGCCCGAAGGACUCCGAGGUCUUCAGAGGAGAUGGUUCAUUCACGGAUAAGACCAUGAACCAGCAAGAUUUUACGAUUGUUAAGGGAGAACGAUUCGACACGAGGUCUUCAGAGGAGAUGGUUCGUUCACGGAUAAGACGGUCAGCCAUCAUGAUUACGGAGUUAUCUAAAGGAGAGCGCUUCGACACGGUCCGCCCGAAGGACUCAGAGGUCUUCAGAGGAGAUGGUUCGUUCACGGAUAAGACGGUCAGCCAUCAUGAUUACGGAGUUACUAAAGGAGAGCGCUUCGACACGGUCCGCCCGAAGGACUCCGAAGUCUUCAGAGGAGAUGGUUCAUUCACGGGUAAGACCAUGGAACAGACUGUAAACCAACAUGAUUACGGAGUUAUCAAAGGAGAGCGCUUCGACACGGUCCGCCCGAAGGACUCAGAGGUCUUCAGAGGAGAUGGUUCGUUCACGGAUAAGACGGUCAGCCAUCAUGAUUACGGAGUUACUAAAGGAGAGCGCUUCGACACGGUCCGCCCGAAGGACUCCGAGCUCCUAAGAGGAGAUGGUUCAUUCACGGAUAAGACCAUGAACCAGCAAGAUUUUACGAUUGUUAAGGGAGAACGAUUCGACACGGUUCGGCCGAAGGACUCAGAGAUCCUCAGAGGAGAUGGUUCAUUCACUGAUGAGACUGUAAACCAACAUGAUUACGGAGUUAUCAAAGGAGAGCGCUUCGACACGGUCCGCCCGAAGGACUCAGAGGUCUUCAGAGGAGAUGGUUCGUUCACGGAUAAGACGGUCAGCCAUCAUGAUUACGGAGUUACUAAAGGAGAGCGCUUCGACACGGUCCGCCCGAAGGACUCCGAAGUCUUCAGAGGAGAUGGUUCAUUCACGGAUAAGACCAUGAACCAGCAAGAUUUUACGAUUGUUAAGGGAGAACGAUUCGACACGGUUCGGCCGAAGGACUCAGAGAUCCUCAGAGGAGAUGGUUCAUUCACUGAUGAGACUGUAAACCAACAUGAUUACGGAGUUAUCAAAGGAGAGCGCUUCGACACGGUCCGCCCGAAGGACUCAGAGGUCUUCAGAGGAGAUGGUUCGUUCACGGAUAAGACGGUCAGCCAUCAUGAUUACGGAGUUACUAAAGGAGAGCGCUUCGACACGGUCCGCCCGAAGGACUCCGAGGUCUUCAGAGGAGAUGGUUCGUUCACGGAUAAGACGGUCAGCCAUCAUGAUUACGGAGUUAUUAAAGGAGAGCGCUUCGACACGGUCCGCCCGAAGGACUCCGAAGUCUUCAAAGGAGAUGGUUCAUUCACUGAUAAGACGGUCAACCAGCAGGAUUACGGAGUUAUCAAAGGAGAGCGCUUCGACACGGUCCGCCCGAAGGACUCCGAGUCAGCGGCUGAACACACAUUCCGCAAAAAGUUAAAAAUAAAAAUUUUGACAGCCCCACAGCAAAUGAUUCUAGAAGCGCCGUGA